UAAGAAAAACAAUAAAUUCCAUCGACUGAUGCCACGAGUGCAGAUAUAGAUAGAGACAAACAUUAUUAUUUUUAGGACCAUUUUGCUAAAAUAUAUUAUUUUUAUCGUUUUUGGUUGACUUUAUUUAACACACUAUAAAUGAUGAGAAAUUUAUAGGAACAGUGAUAUUUUUCAUUUCUGAAGAAAGAAAAAGAAGAAGAAAAGCAUUCAUUCUAGUUUGAAUCAAGAAAAUGGCAGGUGGGGGUUUUACAACAGAUUCUGUAGGGAAGGAAAGGGCAAAUCUUUAUAAAGGGAGAGUUACUCCUUAUGUUAUCAUUGCUUGCAUUGUUGCGGCUAUUGGUGGCUCAUUAUUUGGAUAUGAUGUCGGAAUUUCAGGUGGAGUGACUUCCAUGGAUGACUUCCUUGAACAAUUCUUCCCAGAAGUAUACAUGCAAAAAAAGCAUGCAAAGGAAAAUAACUACUGCAAAUACGACAGUCAGAAACUCGCGGCCUUUACGUCUUCUCUUUACGUUGCUGGUUUAAUUGCAUCUCUGGUUGCAUCUCCUAUUACCAGAAAGUAUGGACGUCGGAUAAGCAUCAUUAUUGGUGGUGUCAGCUUUCUCAUUGGAUCAAUUCUGAAUGCUGCAGCUGGUAACCUAGCAAUGCUGAUACUCGGCCGUGUUAUGCUCGGCAUUGGCAUCGGAUUUGGAAAUCAGGCAAUUCCGCUUUAUUUAUCAGAGAUGGCGCCAACACACCUGCGAGGAGGAUUGAACAUGAUGUUUCAAGUGGCAACAACUCUUGGGAUUUUCGCGGCCAACAUGGUGAAUUUCGGAACACAGAAUAUUAGACCUUGGGGAUGGAGGCUGUCCCUAGGCUUGGCUGGAGUACCGGCUCUUUUGAUGAUGGUAGGAGGAAUAUUUCUUCCCGACACUCCAAAUAGCUUAAUAGAACGUGGAAUGAAAGAAAAAGGAAGGAAACUCCUAGAAAAAAUCAGAGGAACUAGCGAUGUUGAAGCAGAGUUUGAAGAUAUGGUUGAUGCAAGUGAGUUGGCGAACUCGAUAAAGCACCCUUUUCGUAACAUCCUUGAGAAAAGGUAUAGACCGGAGUUGGUUAUGGCAAUUGUCAUGCCAACUUCACAGAUCAUGACUGGCAUAAAUUCCAUUCUCUUUUAUGCUCCAGUGCUGUUCCAAAGUAUGGGAUUCGGCGGACAUGCUUCCCUCUACUCCUCAGCUUUGACCGGCGGCGUUCUUGCUUGCUCGACAUUCCUUUCCAUUGCAACAGUUGAUAGACUGGGAAGGAGAGCUCUUCUCAUCAGCGGUGGAAUACAAAUGAUCAUAUGUCAGACUAUAGUUGCAAUAAUUCUAGGGCUCAAGUUUGGGGAAAACCAGGCACUGUCGAGAGGCUAUUCAAUAUUGGUAGUAGUUGUGGUUUGUCUCUUUGUUGUAGCAUUUGGAUGGUCGUGGGGGCCCCUUGGGUGGACAAUUCCAAGCGAGAUAUUUCCAUUGGAAAUCCGUUCAGCAGGGCAGAGUAUCACAGUUGCAGUAAACCUUCUGUUUACUUUCGUAAUUGCUCAAGCAUUCCUUGGUCUUCUCUGCGCAUUGAAGUUUGGGAUCUUUCUCUUUUUCGCCUGCUGGAUUGUCGUCAUGACCGUAUUUGUUAUGCUGUUCUUGCCUGAAACCAAAGGUAUUCCCAUUGAAGAGAUGGCAUAUAUGUGGAAGAAGCAUUGGUUCUGGAAACUGAUACUACCUGCAGACGAGUUCUAAUUCAGUUCAGUUCCUACCAUCAAACUUACAUUACAGAAAUAAAUUACACGAAUAAAAGAUGUUACAUCCAAGAUUGUCGUCAUUGCCUGACGAUAAAGGAUUUAAAUUGGUAAUUUGCACAAUUUAUUUGUAAUGAGAGCAUUGAGCACAACAAUGUAAAGAAAGAUGUGUCUAUGUAUAAGUUUACAUUGAGAACACUUGGGGGGAUAAAUAAUAAUUGUAAUGCUCAAGUAUUCUAAACAAAACUUAAUUUUCUAACACAACCGAAAUUCAUUGCUUGACUUUCUCAA